GUGCAUGCCGGGCGUCCUGCCCGCCGUGACGCUGCACAUCGCACCCGGCACCGCCACCGGGGCCCGCGGCCAUGGCGGGCGUGAAGGUGAUCGCCAACGACACCGAGUUCCAGCCCGAGCUGAGCGCCGCCGGCUCCCGCCUGGCCGUGGUGAAGUUCACCAUGAGGGGGUGUGGCCCUUGCUUGAGGAUCGCGCCCGCCUUCAACGCCCUGAGUAACAAAUACCCCCAGGCAACGUUCCUGGAGGUGGAUGUGCACCAGUGCCAGGGCACGGCUGCCACCAACAACAUCUCGGCAACCCCCACGUUCCUGUUCUUCCGGAACAAAGUGCGGAUCGACCAGUACCAGGGAGCAGAUGCCGUGGGCUUGGAGGACAAAAUCAAACAGCACCUGGAGAACGAUCCUGGCAACAGCGAAGACACAGACAUCCCAAAAGGAUACAUGGAUCUGCUGCCGUUCAUCAACAAGGCUGGCUGCGAGUGCCUCAACGAGAGCGACGAGCACGGCUUCGAGAACUGUUUACGCAAAGAUUCUUCCUACCUGGAGUCCGACUGCGACGAGCAGCUGCUUAUCACUGUAGCUUUUAGUCAGCCUGUCAAGCUUUACUCUAUGAAACUUCAGGGGCCAGACAAUGGGCAAGGGCCAAAGUACAUCAAAAUCUUCAUCAACCUCCCGCGCUCGAUGGAUUUUGAGGAAGCGGAACGAAGCGAACCCACCCAGGCCCUGGAGCUGGGCCCGGAUGACAUUAAGGAAGAUGGGAUCAUCCAGCUCCGCUACGUAAAAUUCCAGAAUGUCAACAGUGUCACUUUGUUUGUCCAGACCAAUCAUGGUGAUGAAGAGACAACAAGGAUCACGUAUUUCACAUUCAUUGGCACUCCCGUGCAGGCCACCAACAUGAACGACUUCAAACGACUUAACUCCCCAUUCCUAAAGAACUAAAAAGGCAGAAGAAAUUAAAAGUAAUAACGGGAUUGGUGUGGCCUCGCUCUUCCCCCUCCCUCUGCUCAGCUCCCACCCUUCCCAAAUCCUGGAGCAUCUUCGCUUCCUGACUCACCAGCUCAGCUUUCCCCUCCUCUCCCUGCCCCAGAUCUUGCCUUAGACACUUCUCUUUCCCAAAUUCUGUUCCUUUUUUAACCUGAACUUGCCAUUUUAAGGCCACACCAAGCAGUCCUUUAACAAUCCAGCCUGGAUUGAAUCCUGUGGAGCUCUGGAGCAGCUCCCCCAAGGCUUUUUGUUAAUAUCCCAGUGGAAAGGGAGGACCGUGGAUCAACUUGGGGGGUAAUAAAGAGUUUCCUGUGGGAAGGUGGGAUGGGAUGGGCAGAAAAUGGGCG